GGGAGAAGAAAACACAGACAACGUGGUUUCGACGGAAAACGUGGUUUCUUCUCAUAAUUUUGUUUUUCCAAUCAUUUAUGUGAUGAAGGAAAAGUGAAAUAUGCAAUCAAAAACUUGCGAAGUCUGUAAAGAAGCCUGCCACAAGUACAAAUGCCCGUCUUGCAGUACGAAAUAUUGCUCUCUAUCCUGCUUCAAGGUUCAUAAAGAUGACUUAUGUGAAAGAGAAACAAAUAGAAGAAAAAAAGACAGACUAGCAGAAAAUGAGAGAAAAUCAAGAGCCAUAUCACUGGCUACGAAAGAACCAGAGGAAGGAGAAAUCACAGAGAGUGAUUCUAGUGAAAAAUCAGAUGAUGAAGACAGGAUCAGUAGAAAAGUUUUAGAUAAACUUGGUCACUCACAAGAACUAUGCAGCAUGCUACAUAAUAAACAUCUGCAAGAAAUGAUCAAAGGAAUUGAUGCAUCAGAAGAUCCUGAGAAACUUCUUGGACAAGCCAUGCAAAUACCUAUAUUCACAGAAUUUGUAGAUGAAUGCUUGAGGAUAGUAGAACCCCAAAAUAGCAAAGAAAUGGAACAGGACUGAAGUUUUUAACCAGUGGGUGAUAUGCAAAACCAGCAAAAUUGCCUUCCAGAUUACACUUAGUUGAAUAUUGUACCACAGUGUGGUAUUGAGUGCAUUAUUUAAACUAUUAUUUCAUGUACUUGCUGGAACUACAAGUCUAGAAGUGGGUAUGCUUUUGAAGCAAAUGCAACUUUACUGUGUCAGAACAAGUCAGAAUCAGUUUGGACCUCUUUCUGAUUUUGUGUUGUAAAACUGAAACUAAACUUAUCACAGUUCACUAUGUCCGACUAAAGCAAAAUUUCACAACAAACCUGAAUGUGAACUUAAGAAAAUUAAAUAAUAGUGCAAUUAAAAGGAUCAGUUCUCAGCAACCAGUAAAAUAAGAAGUAUUAUGGCAAACCUUGCAGCCUCAUUUGACAAUGCUUCUGGUUAGUACUGUAACUGUUACAGAAAGAUAUAAUUAUGUAAACUAAGUUGUCAGCCACUCCUGUUAUUUGAAUAAAGGCUGAUAGUUUCGAAAGAAA